AUGGACGGGGCACCGCCUCUACCACCCCCCAUCAAAAGCUCCGGCAUCCCCAGUGCCGAAAUGACUGGCCCCCUCGCGCCGCCCUUUCGACCCCCCGCCCAAGCCCCGAGCCAACUGGCGAGUAACUAUACCCCCCAUGCAAAGCCCCGGCGGCGCCCGCGGCGGAAAGGUGUCCCCGUUUCCCCCCCCACCCCGGGCCGAAGUCCAUAUUUCCAGCCCCCUGGUGCCGGGCUUUCUCUGCCGGCUACUGCCAUAGACGGGGCCCCGUCGAUACUCCCCCCUAUCAAAAGCCCCGGCGCCCCCAGUGUCCGGAAGAUCGGCCCCCUCGCGCCCCCCGAGCCAACUGGCGAGUGCCCAGAGCCUCCGUCCCCAGCCCCCAGGGCCCAAGGCCGCCAGUCAACUGGCAAAUACCUCAAUCCCCCCAAUCCGGCAGCCCUGGAAACCGCCGGCGUCAAUCGCCCCCCUGCCAAGGUGCCGUAUGCUAACCCGGUCGUUCCCAUGGCCGAUGAACCAACUGGCUAG